AUGCUGAUGGAAACGAAAUUUCGCGGAGGAUCCCCAUUUCCUCCGUCUGCAUGCACACCGGAACGCGGUAUAUGUACCACCAUUGAGCCAUUGGGUGCAUUUGACGCAGCGAGAGUACGCGCUGCGCACUAUUUGCCGACGUUCGCUGUUGCUGUGGAAGCUGCGUAUCAAUUCCUUCGCUUGCUCGGUGUAGGGAGUGUGGCGCGUCACAUUCGGGUUGUGGCGGACCCGCGCGACCUAAACUUUCUGCUGGAUCUGCUGUUUGAGCUCCCCCCAUGCUGUAGUAGAGUCGAAAAUGUUAAACAAAUAUCGCUCGAGGGCGACGACGCAAUCGAUGCCGCUUCCCUCGCGCAUUUGACAGUGGUAAGUCAAGAGGUUAAGUUGCGAGUUAAUGUCGAAGUUCUAGCAGAGCGCUCGCGUGCUGGAGUCCCCUCGCCCCCGCAUCACGCAUGCGUGCUCUACGAAGGUCGCUGGACCUCUUGUUCACCACUGAAAGGGAAAGACGUUUUGUCGGAAGUUCUUAUCCCCAUUGGAGAACGAGCUGAACAGUGGUGUCGAUGUUCGUGUGCCGACCGCAUCGCCAAAUGUUCCUCACUGAUCAAGUUACAGUGUGAGGUUAUCGGCCUCUUCUGCAACAUGCCUGUGCGACGCCGCAUUGCACUCCAAUCACGCGGGGGUUUCAACAAUCGGAUGCGAAGCGAACGGCAGGCAGUGGUUAUGGUUGCGUAUCGCGUGGCCGCGGAGCGGAUCUUGGCACCUUUUUAUCUCUUACCACAGGGAGGGGGGCGUCGGGCCACCUCAGUGUACCUUCGCCUAAGCGAUGUCAUCGCCGAGGGGGGAAGAGCAGCAUACGAUACAGCCAGUGUAGUGUUCAUAGGGGCUUCAAGAUCGGGCGAUGGGGCGGGGGUAGAUUCGUUGGUCAAACGGAAGCGCGAGUACGCCCACGCAGGUGGGGAAUCGGAAACCCUUUCUACCGUUUACCGUUUGUUGCAAGCUUUCCUGCCGCACCUCAGCCAGUUGGCCGUGGCGUUGGGACUUGGAAACAACGCGGAAACUUUGUGCCUUCGAGAAGUUGUUGUAGCACGUGCCAAGUUUGCUAUGGUGUAUCAUGCGCCGCAUUGUGAAACGCACGUCGGUACCGGUCUCUGCAGACACGCUUACAAUUGCCUUGGUUCCGUACUUAUUUUGUCCGCGGACCCGGUCUCCGGUGAAUGUUACGUUGUUGAUGAACGGCACCGCGUGUACCGUCAUUUGGCAACGCUCCCUAAAUCACUGCAUCCCCUAUUUGUCUUCGUGGACGGGAAGCUGUUGGAGGGAAGGGAUGCCCAGCUCAAACGGAUGUUUCAGGCGGUCGUGCAGCAGCACGUUCCAGGUGUCGGUCGGAUUCCCCAUAGAGCAAACGGGAAUAACCCCAAACGCGGCUCGGAUGAAGAUGACCUCCCCACCGUCAGAAAAGUUCUCACAAAAACCGAAGGUAAAGAGUCUCACAAUGCAGUGGCCACUGGGGUGCGAGUGUCAUUUUUGGCCAGACAGCUCGCGUCCACAGUUUCCGUCCCGGCAACAAGUCGCGCAAUCGGGGGAAUCAAUGCCGCCGCUGCCUCGGUCCCCCGCCGGACGCCCUUCUGUCCAUAUACGUUGAUGAAGCCAGUGCCCUCGGCUGAUACCCUCCCGCGGGCCCGUACCGCCAUGCCAGUUGCACCGAAACCGUCGUGCAUUGUGCCCCGGAUAUUCCGUUGCCCCGUUGUUUGGAGGGGAGGGGAAGCUCCGGACGAGAACGAGCCGAUUAUUUGUCCGUUUCGUGGUAAUCAUUUUUUGGCGCAGUGGGAUCGUAAGUUUCUCUUGCUUGACACGGGCGAUGCAGCGGGAUUGAACGACACUGCGUCGACAGAGUGCAAUGAACAGCGGCUCCCAUCCGCACGAGCAACAGCAACCGAAAGUCGACAUUCGCCUAUCCCCCCCAAGUUGUUCAUCACAGAUCAGCACGCUAUUCAUGAGCGCUUGCGCCUCGAAUACUUCCUGGCCCACGCAGAGUCGUAUGUGGAGCCGCAACCGUCUUUAACAACCUUCCCCGUAAAAAUACCUCAUGACAUGCGGCAUUGCGUUGCUGCUUAUGAGGGUGCUCUCAAGCGUUGGGGCUGGCGCUUCUCACACAACACACCGCAACCAAAUUUGGCUUGCUUUCCAGAAGCUACCAUCGAUUUUCCGGACACCCCAUGUCCGAGGAAACUCUUUGAUACCAUUACACAAUGGCCCUGUCUCACUUUGGAGGGGCACCGGCUUGUGCUAGACACCGUUUGUGCUCUUCGCCAAACGCUGGAAGAGAUUGCAGCAGUUUUCCCUGCAUCACAUGUUUCCGCCCUCCGCGCCACGAACACCCCGGAGGGCGAUAAUUGUGAACGACACCGGCGCCACCACGAAUUCAGAGUAAUACCAUCGGCUGUAUUGCAGUUCUUCGUCACUCGCUCUUGCCGCGGUGCCAUAAUGUUUGGGGACCGCAUCAAGGAUGAGCACGCAAAACUGUUAGUUGAUUCAUUGAGGGCCGUGGGCCAGUACAGCGUCUGUUCUCAUGGAAGGCCGUCUUUUGCCGUAGUCCGGCGCCGCGAAGGUUAA